AUGUUCAACGAAAUCAUAAAAGCUACCAAGGACUUUGAUGCCAUGUUUUGCAUUGGGAGUGGAGGGUCUGGAACGGUUUACAAGGCCAAGUUGCCCUCAGGUAAUACAGUGGCUGUGAAGAAGCUUCAUGCAUUAUCGGACAAUGCUGAUCGAAAAGACUUUUUGUACGAGGUCAAAGCAUUAACAAAGAUUAAUUAUCGAAACGUAGUGAAGCUUUAUGGAUUUUGUUCACAUUCUAGGCACUCCUUUCUGGUUUUUGAGUACCUAGGAAUGGGACGCUUGGCUACGAUUUUGGGUAGUGAUGAAAAAGCGAGGUUGUUAGACUGGCCUAAAAGGAAGAAUAUCAUUAAGGAAGUGGCUCAAGCUCUUUCUUACAUGCACCAUGACUGCACACCGUCUAUUGUUCAUGGAGACAUUUCAAGCAAAAAUGUUCUCUUGAUGAGGAGUACAAAGCUCGUAUCUCAGACUUCGGCACUGCAAAGCUUUUGGAGCUAG